UUUAUUAUUGUACAUAUUUUUUUUUUUAUGAAUGUAUCUCAAAAAUGAUUUUGAAAAAAAUCAAUUUGGCUCAUCGUUACUGCAGAUUAAUUUCGAAACACAAAAGUAUCGUAUUAUUACACACAACAAAUAAUGUGGAAAAUUGUAAUACAAAUAUAAAAAAAAAAAAUGAAUAUAAAUUUAAUGGACCCAGUUUAAAAGACUUCAUUGCAAAAGAUUUACCUCAAGAACAAAUUGAACCUGUAAAUAAUGAAGAUAAAAUUCCAUAUGUGGAUGGUAUGGUUGAUUUUGGACAAAAUAGAAAAGUUUAUAUUGAAGUAUAUGGUUGUCAAAUGAAUGUUAAUGAUGCCGAAAUUGUUUGGUCUAUAUUACAAAGUGAAGGUUAUAUUAAAACAAACAGUGUUUAUGAAGCAGAUGUAGUUUUACUUGUUACAUGUGCUAUUCGUGAUGGUGCUGAAAAUAAAAUUUGGACACGUAUUAAACAAUUACGGUCAGUUAAACGAUGGAGAGGUAAAUUGGAUCCAUUGAAAAUUGGAAUUUUAGGUUGUAUGGCAGAACGAUUAAAAGAAAAAUUGGUGAAUGAUACAAGAGGAGCUGUAGAUCUUGUAGCUGGCCCUGAUAGUUACAGGGACUUGCCAAGACUUUUAGCAAAAACUGAAGCUGGACAAAAAGCAAUUAAUGUUUUACUAUCAUUUGAUGAAACUUAUGCUGAAAUAAAACCUGUUAAGUUAAAUGAAGACAAUGUUACUGCAUUUGUAUCUAUAAUGCGAGGUUGUGAUAACAUGUGCACUUAUUGCAUUGUUCCUUUUACCAGAGGUCGUGAACGCUCUAGACCUGUUGAAUCUAUAUUAGAUGAAAUAAAAUACUUAUCAGAAAAAGGCUUCAAGGAAGUAACUUUAUUAGGUCAAAAUGUAAAUAGUUAUCGUGAUUUGAGUACUUCUUCAUAUUUUAUGCCUUCAAAUAAUACAUUAGCAUCAGGAUUCAAAACUGUUUACAAAGAGAAAAAAGGUGGUGUUCGAUUUGCUGAACUAUUAAGUCGAGUAUCUGAUAUUGAUCCAGAAAUGCGAAUAAGAUUUACUUCACCACAUCCAAAAGAUUUCCCUGAUGAAGUUUUGGAUAUUAUUUUGGAGAAACCUAAUGUAUGCAAAAAUUUACAUUUACCAGCUCAAUGUGGAAACUCAGAAAUCUUAGAGAAAAUGAGAAGAGGUUACACUCGUGAAUCAUAUUUAAAUUUGGCUCAACAUAUAAGAGAUCGAUUACCCGGUGUAACAUAUUCUAGUGAUUUUAUAGCUGGGUUUUGUGGUGAAACUGAUAAACAAUUUGAAGAUACUAUUAGUUUGAUGGAAACUGUAAAAUAUCAUAAUGCAUUCUUAUUUGCAUACAGUAUGAGAGAAAAAACAACAGCAUAUCGUCGUUUUAAAGAUGAUGUUCCAAAUGAAAUUAAAGUAGAAAGAGUGAAAAAAAUGUUUAGUAUAUUUAGAAGAGAUGCAGAAAUUUUAAACAAACAAUAUGUUAAUACUGAACAGCUUAUUUUGAUUGAAGGUGAAAGUCGUAGAGGUCCAUCUCAACUAUGCGGACGAACAGAUGGAAAUAUAAAAGUAAUUAUUCCAAAUAGCAAAUUACCAAUUGAAGAAUCGUCAUUAAAUCAAGACAUUAAACCUGGCGAUUAUAUUACAGUAAAGAUAAUUGAAUCAAAUUCUCAAGUUUUAAAAGGCAUACCUCUGCGACAUACAAGUCUUCAAGAAUAUGAAAAAAAAAAGCUAAAACGUAUUAAAGAACAAAAAUGUUAAGCACAGUUUUUAGAUGUAUUAUAUUGUUUGAAAUAUGAAUAAAUAUUAUUUAAUUAUUA